UCCAGAAACUCGGUAUUCAGGCGUCGCUGCGGUAGUCGCUCGGGCGUCUGAACGCGCUUUCAAUUUAGCUUGUCCCUCUUUCGGCUGCCGCCAUCAUGGUGCGGRAGCUUAAGUUCCACGAGCAGAAGCUACUGAAGCAGGUGGACUUCCUGAACUGGGAAGUCACUGACCACAACCUGCACGAGUUGCGCGUGCUGCGGCGUUACCGUCUGCAGCGGCGCGAAGACUACACCCGGUACAACCAGCUGAGCCGCGCGGUGCGCGAGCUGGCGCGGCGACUGCGCGACCUCCCCGAGCGUGACCCGUUUCGCGUGCGUGCCUCUGCCGCCCUUCUGGACAAGCUGUAUGCUCUCGGUCUGGUGCCGACGCGCGGAUCGCUCGAGCUCUGCGAUUUCGUCACAGCCUCAUCCUUCUGUCGCCGCCGCCUUCCCACAGUGCUCCUCAAACUGCGCAUGGCACAGCAUCUCCAGGCUGCCGUAACUUUCGUGGAGCAGGGCCACGUGCGUGUCGGCCCGGACGUGGUUACCGAUCCCGCCUUCCUUGUCACUCGCAGCAUGGAGGAUUUUGUCACCUGGGUCGACUCUUCCAAGAUCAAGAGGCACGUGCUGGAAUACAAUGAGGAGCGCGAUGACUUUGAUUUGGAUGCCUAGCAGAUCUCGCCGCGUCUGCCUUUUACAGAUGAGAAAGUUGAAGCCUCAUACUGGAGAUUCUGAAUGCCCUUGCCAAGAGCACCGGUCUUGGGUUCUUAAAAACUUGGCUUCUUAAUUGCAGGUCACAGUAGCGGGAGUGAGGAAGUUUGUUCCUGUUUUCCAGGACAUUUUCUUAGAACUUGGAUCACUGACUAUUAAAUGACUACCUUGGGAGACAGUGGGGAUUGUUAGCUGUUUUUGCCUGAAGCAUUGUGUAAAAGCUGUAACGUUGCCUUCUCCUCCCUUUCCUUUAUCAGUUUGUACUAGGAAUAUUUGGUUCAAUUUAUUUAACUCAAGUA